CGGGCGGGUGCAGGGCGAGAGGAGCUGUAGCCCUGCGCCGCCCCUGCCCUCGGGGACCCUGAGCCCGCCCGGCGGCCGCGUCCUGCUGCUCGUCCUCUGGGGUGAGGAGGGCGCAGCGGGGCUCAGAGCCGACAAGGCAAGGCAGAAGCGCGCGCAUGGCUUCGGCGAGCGCGCGGCGACUCUCGGCUGGGGCGAGCGCGGCGGCUCAGCGCUGCUGCGGCCUCCGGCUCCACCCGACCCCGCCCCCGGGCCCCCCGGGCCCCCCGCGACCAAUGAGGUUUCUGACCUCUUGCAGCCUACUCUUGCCCCGGUCUGCACAGAUCUUGGCGUCUGAGACAGGCUUACCUCCCAGCCGUUCCUUCAUGGGCUUCACAGCCCCCUUCACCAACAAGCGAAAGGCUUACUCGGAGCGUAGGAUCAUGGGGUACUCAAUGCAGGAGAUGUUCGAGGUGGUGUCCAAUGUCCAGGAGUAUCGUGAGUUUGUUCCCUGGUGUAAGAAGUCUUUGGUGGUAUCCAGCCGUAAGGGGCACCUGAAGGCCCAACUGGAGGUUGGCUUCCCACCUGUCGUGGAACGUUACACCUCAGCAGUUUCUAUGGUCAAACCUCACAUGGUCAAGGCUGUUUGCACUGAUGGCAAGCUCUUUAACCACCUAGAGACCAUUUGGCGAUUCAGCCCUGGAAUUCCUGCCUACCCCCGAACUUGCACUGUGGACUUUUCGAUUUCCUUUGAAUUUCGAUCUCUGCUGCACUCCCAGCUGGCCACCAUGUUUUUUGAUGAGGUUGUUAAACAGAAUGUUGCUGCCUUCGAGCGCCGGGCAGCCACCAAGUUUGGUCCAGAGACAGCCGUCCCCCGUGAAAUGAUGUUGCAUGAGGUGCACCAGACUUGAGGCAAAAGAUUGUUCCCUGGUCUCUCCUCAAUGCCUCCCCUUCCCCCCCACCGAAUUCUCUUAUUUAUAUGGUUUGGCUCCUGCUGCAGCCUGAGAGAGGAGUCUGUUCAUAAUACUGUUCUCCUCUCUCAAUUACCCAGAAGUUGGGCUCUAAACUGGCUGGCAGUGCUGGGGGGAAGGGAAGGAAAAGGCAGAAGGUAUGGAAAGGAGACAUACCUAGGAGAGGCUCAGGCUCAUCCUGAGAGCCCCAUACGCCCACAACCUUCUCACACAGAAUUAGAAUUAGGACUCUGUGGUUGUCCCUGGGCCCCAACAUGGUGUCUUAGUGUCUCACCAGGGGGAGACACCAACUUUUCAAGGGAAUGAAUAAGCAGAGCUUUUUCCUUCUCCUUUGGCACAGGGGUUUCGAGUGGUAUAUAACUUUUGCCCUGCCCAAGGUUUACGGAAAAGGCAACCUGCCCCCACAGGUUGAAAUCCAUACAACCUCACUUUAAGACUAUUUCCAUGCUAUCUGGCUAGUGGAGAGCAAGGGGCUUACCAUCAGUGCCAAAGGGCCAAGGAGGAAAAAAAGUACUGAACAGAGUUGUCUUUGUACACUUGGGUUGUACCUUAUUCUUCCACUUAGCCCGAGUUUUUAUAAAAUUUUAAUAAAUUAUGACAGUGUGAAUUUGGCUUUCUUGCAUCGUUUCUUAGGGGAAUAAUGUAGAUAGAGCAGAACAGAAGUCAUGGCUUCCUUCCCCCCGGGGGGAUGAAGGUACAGCAGGAAGGCCUUGGACAUAGUGUCCCAGCUAACUAUAGUAGCACAUUCUACAAGCCUGGGCCUAUGACCCACCCCCUUGCCUAUUUAUAGACUUUUCAGAAGGUCAGUUACAGCAGGAGCCUCAGGACAGAAGCAUUUGGUCUCAGACCUCCCAUGUAUCUGUUGCCCUCAGGACCACCUCUUGAUAUUUUGGGGGCCUCCUUAAGGGAGGAUGUAAAAAAGAGUGGACACUCCACGAAGUACUGGAGCCCUCUAGUGGCUCAGGUCCUGAGCUAGCAGCCCUAUCCCAUUUUGUCCUUGGCAGAGUUUGUUCCUUUCACCCAGUGGGCUGGACCAGUUUCCUUGGAUUAGUCAGAUAAGCAGUUGUGAGGUCUCAGCUAUAAACCUUGAGUGUUCUGCCUUAUGACAAAAUUAGGAAGGAUCGGGGCUAAAAGUCAACGACUUACUAACCUUGAGGAACAACAAAAAUCUCCUUUGGAAAUCUUCCAGGGAGCCUGGCCUCUCUAAUUAGAAUGAAUGCCAAACCUGCUUAAAGAUAUACACAGGAUAACUUAUAACCCACUUAGUGCAGGUUCUUACUAGCCAGAUUCCUUACCUCAUAAUUGUCUUUCAAGUCUUAUUUAAUAGCAGGUUCAAGAAUUGUUAAU